AUGUUGCACUACUACCGAGAACCACCACCUAGUCGACACUUAGGCCUCACCGAGUCUCCACCAGGCCUGGCCCUCCUGCACCAAGAUGAUUGCAAUAUCCCCGUUCUUGGCAUCGCUACCCCUCCAACUGCCUCGUCCCGGCAAGUUAAAGAUCCCCGUUCCCGCGGAGCUGCUACUGGCAGUCCUCCCGAUGGUGCUGCUCCUCCUUAG